AUGUUCAGCAGCCUGUUGUCUUCUAGUGAGGUAGAACCGGCUGCCUUUACUGCUGUGGAACUGCCGCAGAGAACUGAGGUCACUUUCGCCCUGGACGACCGACUGCUUUCCUGCCCCUGGCAGGUGCGUUCCGGCCGCGAGAAGCGGAAGGGCAGGUUCGUUGCAAACGUCCUGGAGGAAGCGGACAAAGAAAAAGCGAAAGGUACCUCCUCAAACGGAACUGGUGCACCGAACACACCGUCGCCCUCCCAUAAGACUAGAGGCUGUACACUCGCGCCUGCUGUCUUUUUCCAGCUCGGAUCUGGAAAGAACGAAUCGCCGUCUCUUGACUUCUCAGCGGACCUCGAGGCUGUUUGCAACCUUGUUCGUGAAGAGGAGCAAGGCCAACAAGCUACUGUCCUCGCUUUGCCUCCUUUCCUCCCAUUGUCUCCAUUUGCAAAAGCGAAAAAACCAGAGGUCGCGAUUGUAUCGGUGGCCACCCGUUUCGAGUCUUCCCGGUCUUCGAGUUCAAGCCACACUCUCACGCUGUCCGGAUUGACUCAUUGGCCUCCCCCUGUGUCAGUUGCGUACACUCGCGCUGUUCUCUCACGUCCAGGUGCGAGUAUCCGUUCCCAGAAAAGAAACACCAGCGUUCUUUUACCAGGUGUGGACUAUCCAGCCACACGCGUGUUUAUGCUCUACGUGCCACGGCCCGCAGAAACAACGGAGGCGUCCCUGACGCAAAUUGACCAGGCCUUUGGUUUCAUCGAAUCGUGGAGGUACACCUUCUCUGUGUCUCAGGACGAAAGAAAGGAGACCGUGGUGCUUCCGAACGGCCGCCUGCCUCCGGAAUUCAGUCAAGACGCACUGACAGGAGAAAAUCUUUUUUUCGCCUCGACAGGUGCCAAGAAAACGCGGCGCAGCAACUCAAGCAGACCCCGAGAUCGCUGGCGGCCAACGCUGGUGUCAGCGUCUUCGAAUGGCGACACGGAAAACGCUGACGAACCCGGCGAAAACAGAGAACUGCAAAGCAAGAGAACACACGCGGUUCCUAACGCCAGCUCGGUGCCUGCUUCUUCUCUUCCAGUUUCCUUGCGAGUUCCUUCCUCUAUAACUUCCUCUCCCGGUUCCUCGGCGUUUUUGCCGAGCGGCUCGCGCGAAGCUGGGGAAGAAGCCGUCAAAGAAGCGAGAACGGCGGAGGAAAGUGCUCUGCAUACAGACUUUGAUUUAGAGACCCUGUUUGAAGGACUACCGGACGCAGAGGGAGCAAUUGGCAGCUCCACUGUUCUGAAAACCCCAGUUGUCAACGACGUUCUCCUUGUGGUCGACCCCCGAAUCCCCCGGCCGCUUCUUCCCUGGAUCUGCGACGAACUCGACGACUUGGGAGGCCUUGACGGCAUGCGAGCCGAUCUUCAACAGAGACUCCAGAGAGGCCUUUCUCUGAGACAGAGAAGCAAACCGCCUCGCUCUUCAGAAACACUCCAGAAAGAGGCAGGCAUCCAAGAAAAGGAAGGCACCGGCGAAGUGGACAGCACCCAAGAAGAGAAAGGCGUCGAAGAAGAAGUGGACAAAGAGUCUAGACCAGAGGAAGGAGGUAGAGGGGAGAGAAGGCUCCAAGACUUCGCAGUAAAUAAUGAGAAGGCGAGUGCGGCGAAAGAGGGGUUUAAAAGGAAGUUAGCCGUUCCUGGGAGCGGUUCUGGGGAAACAAAAGACACGGAGAGCGAGAUCCAGCAGCACAGAUGCAUAAUUGUGAGAGUUUUGCUGGAUGAAACGCAGGAGAAUCCGUCCUGGACGCAAAAACACCCGGCAAUGCACUCAGUGAGUGCGUUGACGCAUCCGAUCGUGGCCUGGCUCAUGGGCCAGUACGACCUAGGCAUGCGCAGUGAUAACGACGCCUUUUUGUCUCCUGCGCUGCUUCGGAACGAAAACACGCCGUGGAUGUGCGGAGUGAAGGAAACUGGCGAAGUCGACUUCUCCUUCUUCACAGGCUGGGGCGGCUACAACUCUGAAACGAAUCGAAAGGUCCUUCCCGAAUACUCCCGCCUCCUCAAAUUACGCCACCAACACGUUCACAACAUUGGCAGCACCUGGUACGGCCGACCUAGCGACAUCAUCCGGAUUGCGAGGCUCACAGUCAAGGUGGGAAACUUCUUGAUGAACGCGGACCCUGUUUUCGUGCGAAGGGAUGGAGAGUGGCCUGUAUGGUACCGAGGCGUGCUGCUCUUGUACUCCGCAGAAAUUGCAGUAAAUCACUUGGUCGACAAGCAUCGCUUGUUUGUUAGAAAGGACCUUCUUGACACAUCCGCAUCGGAAGCGAUUCUGUGGUCGACCUCGCCAGGCUUGCACAUUCAUUGCUGGCACACGCCGGACUUUUUUAGCAAACAUAAAUUUGGCGACGGUGGCUACAACGAGGCCGAAUUGUUUCGCUCUCCAAAUUUCGACUUUGAAGAUGUGCGUUGGUAUUCCUUUGUAAAUGCGGCAAAUGGAAAACGCAGGCGCCUUCUACAACUCCAGGAGGAAGUAAAGCGCCGCGGGAAACCGCAUCGCCGCAAGGACACCCACGCGCCUCUCUCGUGGCUCCUCGAUGCGGUCCUCGUUCAGGCGUUUUCACUUUGCCCUAGCGAGAAGCCGUACGCACAGAAAGGCGGGAAAAUGUGUUGCAAAUACAAGAGCCUGUGUUCGAGACAGACGAGGCAAUCUCAAAAGUCUGAUGACCCGUGUUGCAGGCUGGAAGAAGAUGCUGCCGGUUGCGUUCUUCAGCCUUGCAGAGAUUGGUCUUCUCGAGAAGCAGGUCUUUCAGACUUAGUUGCAACAGCAAGAGACGACCUUACCGGCGGUGCCGAGAGCAACACACCUCCGAUCACAGAGCCAUUUCGAAGGGAAGGAAAUGGGGAAGCGAAACAACUUCCCGGCAAUCUCAGCGCAUCCCGACCUCCAUCCCCUCCUAGCAGCUUUCAGGGCCUUAUGGCUUUUCGUAAAAAAUUGGCGCUGGAGAACUUCACGACUACAUAA